ACUUGCAGGACUUGUGACCGCAAGGCUGGAACACAGCAGAGAUGGGGUGGGCAUAGCAGAUUGGGCAGAGGUCCUCUUCACUGGUGGGCUACAGGGUGGAGAGUGGAGAGUUGGGGCGGGGUCCUUACACCCAUCCUGGUAUUUACAGAUUAUUAAGAUGGCAUGUGCCCCUGUUGCACUCCACUCACCAGGGAGGCUGCUGCCGCCUGGGCAGAUGCAGCGGUCAGGUGAGCCAACAUCUGCUCCACCUGGGCCAGCUCCUCAGUGCUGAUGUACUCCGUAUCUGGAUUAGCAGUAGGUAGUAUCAGGGCCCCUGGAGUCCUUGAACUCGGUGCCUCUUGAACACUCCCAGGCAGGGAAUUUGCUAUUGAGGAUCCUGAAAUUCUUUCCUGACCCACCCCCUGGUUUACUCACAACUCUGUAGAGAGAAGCGUUUCCGGUCAGGGGCAGGCAAGGCAGUGCCAGGUGCUAGGGGCUCUGGCUGCCCCAGGAGAUAGCAUAUGGAACGAAGCUGGAAGCAGGGAUCAGCCAAGAGCACAGAGGUGGCUUGCUCUGUCCUAGAUAGGGGAGGGUGCACAGGUCAUAGGAAGGCUUUGAGCCUGUGUGAACAUUUUCACCAUGUGGGGACAGGUAAGCAUCCAGAGGCCUCGCUUGUUAUUAUGCCUCCAUUCUCUCCACCUUAUUGCUUACCAGCCCUCUCAAGUUCUGGGUCCCACGGGACCUGUAUGCCAGUUUAAAGAGAAGGGUGCUGUGAAUGAUAAAGGUGCUUGCUACCAAAUAUGACAACCUGAGUCUGAUCCCCAGAAUAGGAGAAAAACCUCACAAGAUGUGCAUGAGCAGAAAUGCACACAAAUAAGUAAAUCUAAAGGGAGAAGGGUGAGAAGACUCCCACCUACCCCACUAUACAUCAAUCCUAAAAGGACUGGAGGAGGAAGCCAGGCUUCCAGUCAAGCACACUGGGGCCCCCUGGUGGCCACACUGGCUUCUUAAGUGCCAAGGGAUAUGGCUGCUCCGCCCCUUACCAGCAGGAGCCAAUGGGAACUUGGGUCGCCGCCCCUGAGCGGUCAUUUCCUAGCUAGUACUUAGAAUCCAGUCAGAAAGCUCUUGGAGAAGCUAGCAAGCAGGAGCUGGAAGAAGGGCUGCGGCCCCACCUCACAACCCCAGACCAGAAGAGCAGGAGAAGCCGGCUGGGCAGGUGGAGCCAGCAUUGUGCCUCUCGAGCCAUGGGCCAUAGGGAACCACGAUCGGCAAGCCUGUGCAGAAGUAGGUGAGUCUUGGAGCUGCUGGCCUGUACUGAGCUGUCCCCAUCUCUUCCUUGGUCACUGCCAUGGCCUGGCUGGUGCUGUCAGGCAUACUACUGUGCAUGUUGGGUGCUGGGUCAGGCACUGCAGACUUGGAGGAUGCUCUGCCUCCUGCCCCCCACAACUGCCCCAAUAAAUGCAUCUGUGCUGCCGAUGUGUUGAGCUGUGCGGGCCGUGGGUUGCAGGACUUGCCGGUAGCACUGCCUGCCACUGCUGCAGAACUUGAUUUAAGCCACAAUGCACUCAAACGCCUGCAUCCCGGGUGGCUAGCGCCCCUCUCUCGGCUGCGUGCCUUGCACCUAGGCUACAAUGAGUUGGAUGUCCUGGGCCACGGUGUGUUCACCAAUGCCAGUGGCCUGAGGAUGCUGGAUCUAUCAUCUAAUAUGUUGAGGAUGCUCCGUACCCACGAGCUGGACGGACUGGAGGAGCUGGAGAAGUUACUGCUGUUCAAUAACAGCCUGAUGCACUUGGACCUGGACGCCUUCCAGGGCCUGAGCAUGCUUAGCCACCUCUAUCUCAGCUGCAACGAACUCUCCUCAUUUUCUUUCACCCACUUGCACGGUCUGGGGUUAACCCACCUGCGUACUCUAGACCUCUCCUCCAACUGGCUGAAACACAUCUCCAUCUCUGAGCUGGCUGCACUGCCAACUUACCUCAAGAAUAGGCUCUAUCUGCACAACAACCCACUGCCCUGUGACUGCAGCCUCUACCACCUGCUCCAGCGCUGGCACCAGCGGGGCCUGAGUGCUCUGCACGAUUUUGAACGUGAGUACACAUGCUUGAUCUUUAAGGUGUCAGAAUCCCGAGUGCGCUUCUUUGAGCACAGCCGGGUCUUCAAGAACUGCUCAGUGGCUGCAGCUUCAGGCUUAGAGCCACCUGAAGAACAGCUGCACACACAGGUGGGCCAGUCCCUGCGGCUCUUCUGCAACACCAGUGUGCCUGCCUCGCGAGUGGCCUGGGUCUCCCCGAAAAACGAGCUGCUUGUGGAGCCGGGCUCUCAGGAUGGCAGCAUCGCUGUGUUGGCUGACGGUAGCUUAGCCAUAGGCAGGGUGCAAGAACAGCACGCAGGCGUGUUUGUGUGCCUGGCCAGUGGGCCCCGCCUGCACCACAACCAGACGCUUGAGUACAAUGUGAGUGUGCAGAAGGCUCGCCCCGAGCCGGAGGCUUUCAACACUGGCUUCACUACGCUGCUGGGCUGCAUCGUGGGCCUGGUGCUGGUGCUGCUCUACUUGUUUGCGCCACCCUGUCGUGGCUGCUGUCACUGCUGUCGACGGGCCUGCCGCAGCCGCAACCGUUGCUGGCCCAGGGCGUCCAGUCCACUCCAGGAGCUGAGUGCACAGUCCUCGGUGCUCAGCACUACGCCGCCAGAUGCACCCAGCCGCAAGGCCAGUGUCCACAAGCAUGUGGUCUUCCUGGAGCCGGGCAAGAAGGGCCUCAAUGGCCGUGUGCAGCUAGCAGUAGCUGAAGACUUUGAUCUGUGCAACCCCAUGGGCUUGCAACUCAAGGCUGGCUCUGAGUCAGCCAGUUCCACAGGCUCAGAGGGUCUCAUGAUGAGCUAGACUGCCUGGAAGUACUGGGCCACAGACCUCCUACUGCUCGCCCUGUUUGCUGCUGCAAUCUAGAGAACUUGGCACGCUGGUGGGAUGCCCUGUGCCUGGUCCCACAACUCCAUGUGAGCCUUGACCUUACUGUAACAGUUCUAACACUGGUAAGGGGCUCGAGACCCCCUCACUUGCUUCCUGCUCUGCCUAGCUCAGGACAAGGCCUCAGACUACUGCAGCCUGCUUCCCCUAGGACCUCAGAAUGACCAAAUGUCCCAUUGAGAUUACAGACCAAGCCAAUCUGAUAAAAGCCCUUACAUCAGAGUCCUGGGACUCCCCCCAGGAAUUAAUGCAGAUGGCAGGGUGUGGUAUAGGAGUCAAGCUUACCACCUUCCCCUCCCUGCCCAAGGAGGGAGAUGGCCGCUGAGAAGAUCCAGCUCCCACUCUAGGAUGGAAGGAGGAAAUGAGCCCUCCCUCUACUGAAAGAGGACCCAGUCUGCUGCCAUCUAGCCUCCCGAAAGCCUUGCACCUCCUGUGGAGUCUCGUGGGCAUGCACACCUCCACAGGACACUGCUGCAGGAGUAACCCUGCUGUCUUCAGCUACAGGCAGAUGCAAUCCCUCAGGCUCACAACUCCAACAGGAAAAAGCAUAGAUGAAUGACCAAUCUGGGACUCUUGUCUCUGGAGAGCAGGAGGCCUCUCAAGGACUGGUACUCAUCUCAACCUAAUGGCUAAAGAGAACCCUCCACUCAUGCCUCCCGCACUCCCACUGGAAGAUGGUCAGCACUUCUCCCAUGAUGAGCUGGUGGCUCUGCCCUAGAUGACUACUAAGGCAUUUUUGUAAUAAAAGUGGUACAUGUUCAUUG